AUGGGCAGUGUCCUCGAAGACUAUUACCCUUCUCCUCCCUCGUCCAACCAGCCUUCCCCACAAAUUACCCCAGAAAGCAUUCGCCAACUCGACCUUGCUUAUCAACGAGUACGUCAACUCAGAAGAGAUAUCCUCCAUUCAUAUACCUCUAGAGGGCGAGACAAUAGUAUGGGUCCCCCACACGAAGCUCUCCUGCUCGGUGGGCAAGGCGGCGGAAACGAGCAUCAGAAUACGGAUACACCUCCAUUACAGAGACUUCGUUCGCCCGUUUCAUCAGAGACUAUGGAACGUUUGAGACAGUUUGAGACACUGCAGGCCGAAUUAGACAGCAGUCGUUCGUUACAUUCCCUUCAAUUGACCACAAAUCACGACGAAACCUCGUCCCAAAGUCCUUCCGACCUAGAGUCCACUCGCCCAUCCCAACCUCCUCUGUUGAGGUUACAGCCAUCUAGCUUGCAUUUGCCUCCUAGCCCAAUAAGCCCCAUUAGUCCUCCCCGCCAACCUCUCCUCCCCCCUCGUGUCCUUGAGCCUUCGCAUACACCACGUUGGACAACUAUCUCAGACGACCCUCAUACAUUACUCGGAAGGCGUGUUGCAGCAGUCAUGAGAACAGUAGAAAACCGUACAAGCACUACAGCGCAAAUUCCGGAUGCAAAUGCAGAAAGCGCCCGCCGGAUGUCUCAGCAGGACUCAGACCACAGUGUCAACUCACGCCACCCUCUGCCCCCGUCCUUCCGGGAGGGUCACCGCACUGAAAUGGAUGCAAGAUCACCCACACCGCUGCGUACUGGUCCACGAAGGGCCAGAACUAUCCGCGGAGACACACGUCAAAAUUCUGGUUCGAGGUUGUCAACCCUUUCUAAUUUCUCGGUUCAGAACCUUCCGACACCCACUACCACGCACUCUCAGUCUCUCAUACUCUUUGACGAGCCCACGAGUUAUGAGCCGGGGCCCGAGACCAGUCACACUCCUUUGGAAACGGAGAGGAUGGAGUCUAUUGACGAAGAAAUUCCCCAGCGACCUCGUGAUCACCUAAAUGAACACGUUCGUGGCCUCGGGCUCAGUAUGGAUUGGGAUUUUGCAAGUAGGCGUGGUAGCAGUUUCUUCGAAACCAACGUUGACCCGGAACAUCAUCAGCGGAGGGUGAUACGGUAUUCAGAAGACGUAGUUCCUCUCACUAACGUGAUCCGUCUCGACGCAGACGGUGACGAAAUUCCGGUUGAAGAUGGCGUCCAUGGACAGGAAGCAAGCCAUUGGCCGAGGUGGAUUCACAACCCAGUGGAAGAUUUGCAGUCAAAUUACCAUCACCAUCAUCAUACCACCACUCUUACAAGGCCGGGUCAUAUAGUGAUUCUUCCUGAUGGUCGUGAAGAGAUAUGGCCUUCUGUACCAACAGCGUUGGCUCGUUCUCAUAUUGGUCCGAAGAUCACUGGAAAAUGGACCCCGUUUUCGCCUGACCCUCUACCUUUACCUCUUCCUGAUGAGACUACAACGCGGUCUCCAGGCGUACUUGUUUCAAGGGAGGCCUGUUUAGUCGCUCGUUGA